CCAGUACGGUUUGUAUCUGAUGUGUUUGGCGUGCUUCAACACUGAGAUGUUUGAGAAUUCAUCUGGAACAAUUGUUGCUACUGUUCAACUUUAUAAUGACGAGGAUUGCAUACUUAUGCUUUUCUAUUAUUCCAGUAUCUUUGUUUGGUAAGUUAGGUCUUCUAGAAAGUUGCCCACAAAUUUCUUAAAUUUCCAAACAUAUUGGCAUAAUCACGGUAUCGUGUUAUUUUCUAAUAUUGACAACUUCUCCAGCACUCUCUUUAGAAAAAUCUAAUCUUGACAUCAUUUGUGCUUUCCCUAAGGGAAAUGUUACAGUCGCCCAUAGGUUUGUUGAUUUUAUGACUGUUCUGAAGGAUCUAACUUUUCUAUAUGUUUUUACUUUCCAUGUGAAGUUUGCGAUCAAUUAAUUUCUGCUUUUGCUUGUGUUGAUUCCAUUUAUUUCUUUGUAAGAUUAAUUUGCUACUUCUUUGCUAGUAUCAUUCUUUCUUCCUUCCUCCCCACAUUUGAAAUAGUCAUUUGAAUCCUAUUCUCUUUACAAACCUAAUUCUGUACUCUCAGACUUUUAAGAAACCUUGGAAUUUAAUCCCUGGAAAUGACACACCUUGGCCUGAAACAUGGAAGAGUUGAAACUACCAACUCCCUCUCCUUAUACUGAACCAUCAGAUACCAUAUUCUUUAAGAGGCUCUAUUAUUUAUAAUUUCAAAAUAUAAUUCAUUUUGCUUUCUUUGAAACCUGGUGAAUUGAAGGAAAACAUAUAAAAUAUGAAGAUAAUGUUUUCAAGUGAUGCAAUCUUGGGGUUUUUCUUCAUAUUUCUGAUUUGUAUUGGGCUCAUGGGGAACUUGGUGCUCUUCAUACUAUAUAUAGACACUUUCUUAACUCAGUCUUGCCUGAAAAAGCCCAUUGAUGUCAUAUUCAUACACCUGACCUUGGUCAAUGUUUUGACUAUCUUGUUCAAGUUGAUACCAGAUGUCAUGCCAUCCUUUGGAGAAAGAUAUUUUCUGGAUGAUGUUGGUUGUAAGACAACUUUGUACAUAUAUAGAGUGACCCGGGGUCUUUCCAUCUGUACUACCGCUUUCCUGAGUGUGUUCCAAGCUAUCACCAUCAAUCCUCUUAAUUCUAAGUGGGCGUGGCUUAGAUCUAAACUCUCGAUGUGCAUUUACCCCUCUUUCCUUUUCUUCUGGGUCACCAACUUGCUCAUCUAUAUCCACAUCAUUGAAACUGUAAGGGCAAGGAACAAUUUCACAAUUGCUGGUCUUGGGUAUUAUACGGUAUACUGUCAAACCAACCAGUUGCAACACCACUAUGCAAUGGCAUUUUUGAAUGUCAUGGUGAUUCGAGAUCUCCUCUUUGUGAUCCUCAUGAUGUGGUCCAGCAUCUACAUGGUGACCCUCCUCUACAAACACCGCCAGAGAGCCCAGCAUAUUCACAGCCUCAGCCUCUCUCUCCAGUCAUCUCCUGAAAUCAAAGCCACCCACACUAUUCUUUUGCUGGUAGGUUGCUUUGUUUUCUUUUAUUGCUUAAACAACUUAAUUGCCUUCUACUUGCUUUAUUUACCCAAGAAAAAACCAGAAAUGGAGAGAAUUACUGGGCUAAUUUCCUCCUGCUACCCAUCCCUGUGCCCUUUUGUGCUGAUGAAAAAUAAAAUUUCCAAACUGACUUCCUUCCUUUCACGGAGGACAAUUACCUUUUCUCAAAGAACAUUUAGCAGAUGAUCUGAUGCUUACAUCUUUCCACAACAGAGCACUCUCCAGCAUGGACUGUUGAGCACUUAAUUUGGGGUUAGUAUAAUUCCCAUUGAGGUGGAAACUUAGAAAUACCCUCGCAUUUGAAAUCUUCCAAUGAAGAAGAGUACAUAAAUGUGAAAUUAAUAAUUUUCAUAUUGAUUCCUUACUUAAAUUAUACUAUUAUGUAUAAAUUAAAAGUAUUGUAAAUAUGUCAUUGAUACUAACUUUAUCUGCUUGGUUUUGCUGUUUUCUGAAAUGUGGCUGCUUAGAAAUUUAAAAU